UGGUGCCCAGCCAGAAACGUUGCAAGAGGAGCCCAGAUAUGGAGAUAGAAAGAGCUCAUCCGCUGGGACAGAAGCAAGUUGAACUGCAUGGGAAUUCGGUGGAAGGGCAAACCGUGUGGUCAGGAGACACCUGGCUGCAGAGUCCAAGCAAAGCUGCCCUGCCAGAGCAGUUGCAGGUAGCUGUGGAGCAGCUUCAGUACAAGAGGGAUGGACGCCUAGGCUGGAUGCAAAGCCUGAAAUGCGGGCUAGAAGGACAGCAUCAGACCCUGGAGAUGCUGCUCCAGGAGUGCCAGGCUCUCAAGGCCCAGCUCCGACAGUCUAAGGCAGUGACCCAGGAGCAGGAAAGGGAACGUGCUCUUCAAAUCGAGUGGCACCAGCACAUGAGGGAGCAGUUGACGCAAGCAGAGGCUUCUGUCCAUAUUCUGGAAAGUAGCUUGGAUCUCUACAAGAAGAAAUACCAAGCUGCUCUGGGCCGAGCUGGUGGACUAGAGCGUCAGGUGCAUCAUCUGCAAGAAGAGGCCAGGAGGAAGGCUGCCAGGCGGGCAGAGAAGCCGGACAAUCCUUGGAGCAGCGGCCAAGCAGAGAACAGCCUUGGGCAGCUCGGUGCUCGGGAGAUUGGCUGGGACAUGCAGCUCACAGGCCAGCAAGACCAGACCGCCCAGGAGCUGCAGGAACAAUUGGCAGCCAGCCACAGCAAGCUGCUGCAGCAAAAGGAAGCCGUGGCUAGCCUGCGCCGAGAGUUUGCAUCCUACAAGUUGACUCACAGCUGCUCAAACACAAAGCACAGAAAGCAGAUGGUCAGCCAGGCAAUGCUCCAUCAGAAGCUACAGCAGGCAGGAGAGGUGGGUUUGCAGCAGCAGGCGGAGGCGUACCAGGCUCUGGUGCAAGAACUGAAGCUGCAACUGGCAAGGGAAGCUGAGCAGAACAGCAGGACCUUGAAAGAUCUGGCUCGCCUGGAACUGGCUGUGCAGAGCCUGUGCCAGGAGGCAGCAACAGAGCAGAGUCGGCAGCUGCGAGAACAGGUGCAGGCCCUGCUGGAACAAAGCCACCAGCUGUGUGCACAGAAGGAAUGGAAAGCAGACAGGCCCAUUCAAAGGACAUGGGCUAAUUGCCGCAUCUUUUGGGACCAGGCCCAUCUCCUGAAUGCUGCUGCCUCACAGGAGGCCAAGCAAGGCCGAGCAGCCUCUUGGUCUGGUGGGGUCCCAGUGCUGCAGCUGAGGAGGCCAAAGAAACCGGAAGAGCCCCGGAAGGCUGCAGUGGAGAUGGCCCAGGACCAGACGGUGAAGAGGGACCUCCAGCUUCAGUGUCUUGGGAAAGAUGGCUGCCAGCUGGAGCUUCUCCUUGGAAGAGGCUGUCUAGGUGAAGCAGAGCUGGAGCAGAAAAGCUUCUUGGGAGAUGGUCUUCCUGCUGCCGCUGCCACCUCUGCCAGAGAACAGCUAAAGGAGCUGAGCAGGUCCAAGCAGCAACCUUUGCAGGCAGCAGCCAUGCUGGAGUUGGAGAUGCUGCGGCAGCAGUUACAGGAGACAGAGUGGAGAGUGCAGGCCCUGCAGGCCUGUGUGAUGGAGCAGAAAGCAGAGAGCCGUUCUCUGCAAGAGCAGCUGACCAAGCAGACAGCUGUGCUGGGACUGGUGCAUGGAUGCUUCAGGCAGGCCUGGCUGCAGCUGCAGCAUCAGGCAACCGAGCAGAUAGACGCUUUACAAAUCUCCCUGGAGGCAUCCCGCGCUGGCCACCACUGGCUGCACCAGGAGAGCGAACUGGUGGUGGCUGAUGUGCGCCAGUGGGUAAAGGAGCAAAAGCAGAUGAAUGAGGAGCUGGGCCACAAGCUCCGAAUGCAGAUCAAGCAAAUUGCCCAGCUCACUGGCGAGAGAGACCUUCUGCAUCAACUAUUGGAGAGGCUGCAAGAGGACAACCAGCAGUUGAAGAACGAAGUCAACGAGAAGCGCAUUGUUUGUGAGCGCAUUAAGGCUCUCCACAAGAGUGAUCUGGAGCCGCACGCUGUACUGCAACAACUCUGGCACAUACUUCUGUUGUGAACCAGUGCUUCUAGUCCCAUUACACUCAUCCACCUUUCCAGGGGCCACAGCCAGAGAGGCAGCUCUGAAGAUAAACCGUGUCCAGAAGAGCCGGUCUGCAGCCAGCAGUGAUCCCUUCCUGCCGACCAGGCUUUGCUAUUGAGAAAA